UGAGAGAGAGAGUGAGAGAGUGAGUAUAAAAGCAGGAACAUCAAGGACUACUCCACAACUAAAGCAAAUCUGGUCUCAGGAAGAGGACAGCUGACCUGAAAAACUUCACUGAGACCGAACAUUGAAAAUGCAAGUGGUUAAGCAGAAAGUUCAAACAGAGAAGGCCCAGAUUACAGACUGUGAUCUGUCUGAGAAGAUAAAGACUGUGACUAAGGAAAGUCACGUCCGAGCCAAUAACACAGAGCUGAUGCAAGCCUUCCAGAGGGGAAACAUCACUCUGAUUCAGUAUAAGCUCCUGUUGUGCUCCUUGUAUAAGAUCUACGAAGCUCUGGAAGAGGAACUGGACAGGAACGCCUCUCACGACAGCGUCGCACCAAUUUACUUCCCUCAGGAACUGGCCAGGACGGAGACGCUCAUGAAAGAUCUGGAGCACUUUUAUGGUCAGGACUGGAGAGAGAAGAUGUUCGUACCGGCCUCUACAUUGAGAUACACUCAGAGAUUGAGAGAGAUUGGUAGCGAGUAUCCUGAAUACCUCGUGGCUCACGCUUACACUCGCUACUUAGGUGACCUGUCAGGUGGCCAGGUGCUGAGCCGUGUUCCCCAAAGGUCUUUAGGACUGAAGAACGGAGAGGGCUUGGCGUUCUUCAUGUUUCCCGCCGUCAGCAGCCCGAAUCUGUUCAAGCAGCUGUACAGAAGCAGGAUGAACAGCAUCGAGCUGACGGAGACGCAGAGGGAGGGAGUGCUGGAGGAAGCCGUCAGAGCCUUCGAGCUCAACAUCCAGGUGUUUGAUGAACUCCAGAACUUGGUGAACAUCUCAGAGAAGAAUGAGUUGAGGCAGAGACAUAAAGAACACAACCUCAAGACUCCAGAUGUCAGAGUGAGCCAGAGCUCAGCGCCAUCCUCCUCACUGUCGUCUCCGUCUCAGCUGCUCAGGAUGCUGCUCGGAGUGUGUUUAGCUCUGGCAGUCGGAAUUGGAAUGUAUGCAUUUUAAAUCGAGUGACUGUAUUACGUGUUUUAAUUUAUUUAUUCGACUCAGCUAGUUCAACUCACUUUGUAUAAUGCACCAGAUAUUAGUGAUUAGUGCUAAUUUUCUUUCUCUAAGCUGUUAGUGGGUGUACCUUAUAGUUUGUCUUUCUUUAAAUCAUGGUGAGAAACCAGAAACACAGAGUAAGGUUUAAAAUGAGCCCGGGUUACUACAUUAUGUAACAAAGUAGGACAGAAAGUCAGUAAAAAGUUCUUUCCCACCCCUGUACUUCCUGUAAACACCUGGAAGACAUAAUUUCCAAACAAAAUAAAAAAUAAUAAAUAAAUAGGAGUUCUAUGUGACUGCUUAAUAUUACUUAAUACGCUGCAAAGAUACAAGUCAUUCAUUUCUCCUGUCAAGAAAGCAACUCCUGUAAUAAAUGGCAUCAGGAUUUUCUAACUCUGGUGCAAAAACAGUCAGAAGUCAAACAGCACUUGACCCAGCAUCAAGAAUAUUUAGUAACAGAAACCGUCGGAGAUGCCCUCAUCAUCACUGUUUUGUGUUUGAAGGUUGGUAAUGGAAACCAUUUACUGAGCCACCAAAUAAGAGCAUCCUGGUUUCUCUGUAAUCUCUACAUUCCUACAGUUUAAACAAAAUAAACAGUCAAAUGUACAGACAAGCACAACAUCUUUUUAAUUUACCAAACAUCAAUCACAAUAUUACCUUAGAUCGUGGUCAUAUUAAUAUUCAUUUAGAAUCCAUCACAGAUGUACAAUAAAUUAAACUUAAGAGUUUGACAGUACAACACAAUACAACAGUCCUGUAAUCUACAGGUUAUUCAUUCAAAUUCAACUAUUUCAAACAGAAGUACAUCGCAGUGUCACUCAUCACAUAGUUAUUUUUCUACACCUCAUAGACCAGAGAGCUGAACUGUAAUCACAGUAAGGCAGUUUAGUGAAGUGAUAGCCAGUACGUAAGACUGACUUAGAGCGAUCAGAACAAGACAAAACACAGCAUAAGUGAGUAAGCGCUUUAGCAGUGCAACAGAAUUAACAGUAACAACUGUAUUAUUAGUCAUGGAAUGAAAAAUGAUGAAAAGCCCUAAAAUUAAAUUUGGCAAUAUAUAUAUAUUACACCCUCUUACACACAAACACCAUCAUGUUAAAAAUUAAAAGCUUCCCACAAUAUGACACCUCUUAAACACACCGUCAAACUAUCAUUUUGGUUUGAUAGUGUGUGUAAGAGAAUAUGUGUAUGUGUGAGAGAGUGCGUAAUGGUCACGGUUUCUGGCUGACUGUCUUGUCAUUGAAAUUUUCAGAUUCCCCUAUCCGCUUGACAAUGUGUCAAAGAGUGCGAGUGCGUGUGUGCGUGUGUGUGUGUGAGAGACAGUAUGAUAGUUUUUGAGAAGUUAGAAUUAUAGCCUAAAGGGCAUCUCACAGAAAAUCUAGGAACCUAUGAUUUGUCUAACAACAAUCAACUUUCACUAGCUUCCGAUUGGGGCUUUAUACUAAAUAAUAUUUUAUAGAUAUUCUACAGCUAGACAGCUCUAUCUGCUAAUUAAUAAACCCACAAUUUAGGACAUUAGCUAUAUUUACAUGAAGUUUAGUAAUUUAGUAAUAGUAAAUAAAUAAAAACAUUAAACUGAUUAAACAGGUUGGAAAUCCUUUUAAUUAUCUGAUAUAGUGAACUGUUGAAUCCGAUUACUUUCAAAUUUGGAAUAUUUGCAUCCGGUCUUUCGUGUAUGGCAUGGGCUGAUGUUGCAAAGGACAAAUCAUUUAACCUGCUGAAACCUCCCCCCC